AUGUGGUUCACGCGUCAAGCAAUGUCGCCGGCCUUUCGGCUCGGCUCGCACCUCCCUUUCGCCGUUGCGCUGCUGCUAUCGUUGCAGAUUCUAGGGUUGUGGACCUCGGCAGCUGUCGCGCAGCAUCGAACGGUGCACAAAUGGGACGUGGAUGCGCUGAUCGCGAUGCGCAAGGCGUGGGGCAACCCGGCAGCCCUGCAGACGUGGCAGGGGGAAGACCCGUGCCUGGGGCAGUGGCGGGGCGUCACGUGCACCGACCGCACUGGGGACAGCUCAGAAAAGCUCUACGUGAAAGCGCUUGAACUUUCCGGCAUGCGCCUGUCAGGGCCGCUCUCGACCAAGCUGGGAAAGCUCCUGAAGAUCGAGAAGAUCGAUUUGUCCAACAACCGCUUUUUUGGUUCCAUUCCCCGAGUCAUUGAGAACCUGCGAGGCCUGCAGCACCUGGACCUCUCGUUCAACUUGAUAACCAGCAACAUUCCUUCAAGACUCAAGUUCUGCCAGAAGCUCACAUACCUCGACCUAUCAGCCAACGAUCUAAACGGCACCAUCCCUGCCACCCUCGCACACCUGACCAACCUGCAAACACUCGACCUGGGCACCAACGAAAACCUCAACAGCACCAUUCCACCGGCCCUCACCGCUCUCAGCUCCCUGCAAGACCUCACGAUUAGCGAGUGCAAUCUGAACGGGCAAAUUCCAGAAGACAUUGGGAACCUUGCGGGACUAACUAAGCUAGCUUUGGAGGAGAACAGCUUGGAGGGGUCGAUUCCAGACUCCAUUACUCAACUCACCAACCUGCAGCACCUGUCGCUGAGUUUCAACCAUCUCAACGACACGGUGCCAGAAGGGAUCGGAGCAUGCACCGCCCUCACCACUCUCAUGUUGGAUCACAACAAUCUCACGGGCAAGGUGCCCUCUGCCAUAGCCUCGCUGCCCAAGCUCACCUACCUGCGCAUGCAGUACAAUCAGUUCUACGGCGCCCUCGGGCUUGAGUUCAAGGAGCACCUGAACGCCUUCAAGAACAAUCCGCAGCUCUGCGUCAUGUUCACAAAUGACGGCCGGUGCCGGCCAGUGCCAGUGGACCCGCCGCCCCUGCCGCCCGUGAACAGUAUCGUGCGCAAGCCGUGCGCAGUGGGGCAGGUGCAGCUGUGUCACUGCGACAACGGAUGGCCUGGGGAGAGCGUGUGCCUGCCUGGAGAGGGAUACGCUCCAUGCCAGUGCCGCGAACAGCACUUUGACGCGCAGGGAGAUGACGACCUGUCACCUGCAUGGAUCGUGGCGCUCUCGCUUCUCGCAGCCACCAUGCUCACAACGCUCCUCCUCUCCUGCAUCUACUGCAUCCGCAACCGCGCCCACAACAAGCGCACCGGACAGACGGGCUGGGGCUGGAGUGCUUCCAGCAAGUCCAGGGCCUACCAGCACCUAUCCGUACCGCCAACAUCUGCCACCACAUUCUCCCAGGCGCUGGACCCUGACGAUGCCUACAACGUGGCAGCAGGGGUGCACCCCGCGUCCUCUGCUUCUGCUGCUGCGGCCUCCUCUGGCCGUACUGGCGCCACCUCCCCCUCGCCCUCUGCUGCCAUGGCCUUCGCAAUGAAGUUCGGCCGCUCUAUGACUGUGGGCGCCUCGCAGUCUCUCAGGCCAUUCUCACUGGAGGAGCUGCAGCUCGCAACGGGCAACUUUUCUCCGGAUCACCUCUUUGCCCAGCGGGAGCACAGCCUGCUCACUUACAGGGGCAUGCUGCCAGACCGCAGCUUCAUAGCGGUGGCUCAGGUGGACGUGCUCAACUCUGAGCCCCGAGAGACCUUUGCGGCUGCACUCGAUGUCUUCGCGCGCAUGCAGGCCGGAGGGGCUGCAGGGGGAGAGGGGGGAGGGGGAAAUGGGGAUGGGAGCAUGCUGCUCAAGGUGUUGGGGUUCUGUGCGGAUUACCUGAGAGGCAGCCGCAUGAUUGUGUACUCUCUCCCUCCUGGUGCUGCCACGCUCGAGACGUACCUGCACGACUCGUUGGACCGGGUGCUGCCGUGGAACGUGCGAGUGUCCAUCGCAAGGGACGUGGCGGAGGGUUUGCGCUUCCUGCACUCCCUCAACCCGCAGAUGACCCACCAGGACCUCACAUCCACAUCAGUGGUGGUGGCACAGGACUCAACAGCAUAUCUCUCCGACUACUGCCUUCAAUCCCUCGAGCUCCUCGCUUCCAAGCCCUCUGCCAUGCCCGCUUCCUCCGUGGCACUGGCAGCAGGAGCAGUGGCCCCCGAGCUGGCAUGGGUGCAUGAGAGCACGGCGCGCACUGACAUGUACGCCAUGGGCGUGCUGCUGCUGGAACUCAUCACCGGCAGGAGGCCGCUUGACCCCUCCCUUCCUCCCAACGAGCAGUCUCUCGUGCGCUGGGCGAAGCCGAAGCUGUUGGACCGGGCUAAGGUGGAGAACAUGGUGGAUCCGAAGCUGCAGGGGAGCUUCGCCCUGCCGGCCCUGGUGGAGAUGGUCAAGCUCGCCGCGCGCUGCCUGCUGCCGGACCCCGAGGUUCGGCCCACUGCAGCGGCGGUGGUGGAGGUGCUCGAUGCACUCGUGGUGCCGGGCGCUGGGGAGGAGUUUGGCAGCGGAGGGGCCUAUCCUCACCGAAAGGAUGUGUAA